AUGCAGGCACGUGCCGCCGAGUUGGCUGGUCGCCCUGUUCCUACUUCAUCCGAUGAUGAAGGUGCAGCUGGCCGCCGACUCGAAGAGGAGAAUGUAAAGAUUAAAGCUGAGCGUGAGCGCAAUGAGGCUAUGACUAGAGACGUGGAGGAGAGUGUCAAGGAAUUUUCUCAAAGCCUUGAAGACAGUCUCAAAGAAGGCAGUGAGAGUUCUACUCGCGAACAUGAGAGGCGCCGAUGGGAAGAGGCUCUGGGAGUGGAGGAUACGAUUCGAGACUUUAUCUACGAUUUGCAGCGUGGUAGUCGUACAGCCAAGAUUCGUAAGGAAGAACAGACUACUCGUUCUGUAUCCAAUGAGCUACCAUCGGCGACAAGAUCUGACCUACCGUCACGACCCGCUCUUCCACCUUCAACAUCAUCAUCCGCAUCCCUCACAGGUCAAACUCACGAGGAACGUGUUGCUUCUGCAAGGGAGCGUGCACAAAGACGCAUUGCUGAGCGUAUGGCUGCUGCUGGGCUUAAACCUAGCACAGACUCCGGCGACACUCUACUGCAGCGCCAAGAGCGCGAGAGGAAGGAGCGUGAAGAGCGUUUGAAGAAGGCGGAGGAAGAAGAUGCUAAGCGGGAGCAAGAAAGACAGCGUCGUCUCGCCGAUGAACGUGCUCCUGCACCGGCGGCUGACAAAGUCGCUGGCAAGAAACCUCCUCCGGCACCUCCAUCGCGCAAGGGUCGACCAGAUAGCGCGCCUGAAUCAAAAAUUGCCGAAGAAACAGCAAAGGCUGAAGAGACUGCGAUUAAGGAACAAGCAAUACGGAAGGAGCAAGAAGCACAGGAAGCUGAAACAAAACAACUUGAGGAAGAGGCUCGACGACAGGAGGAAGAGCUGCAGAAAGAACGCGAAGCUCAUGAGGCACGUCUUCGCGCUCUCGAAGAACAGGUCCGUGCCGGUAAAAUCAAAAAGCAGGAAGAGAAGAAACGGAAGCAAGCGGCAGAGCGAGAGGCAAAAGAGAAAGAAGCCAGACUUGCUGCCCAAAGAGCCGAAUUGGAAGCAGCCAAGGAGCGUGAGCGUCAACUACAACGUGAACUCGAGAAUCUCGAGGAGAGCUCUUCCGACGAGGAGGGUCCUGAGGAGAUCACAGGUCCUCGAGACAACCAUCCUGCUGCACCUGUAGCACCCGUAUACUCUCCGCCUCCAGUAUCUGUGACUCCGGCUGAAGCAGCUGAUGUUCAACCCACACCACCUGUCAACGGUUCACCAUCUAGCAGCCGUAGUGUUCCUGCAGCCGAGUCAAAGAACCCCUUCUUCCGACAGCUGAAUCAACCUGCCGAGGCCCCAGCAGCCGAACCAGCUGCAAUCACACCUUCAGAAAGUCAAUCUACAAACCCAUUCUUCAGACUGCAACAACAGCAACAGGAGGCAGGCACAAAAGCUGCAACCAGCCCAGCAGCCAUCCCUGGUCCACUUGAGCGGAAACCUCGAGCACGUCCCGAACAAGACGAUGACUGGUCUGCCGCUGGAUCUGAUAACGAAUCGUCCGAUGACGAGGAUGAUGAUCGUGUAGGAGGUGGAAGCGCAAAACAACUUGCAAGCAUCCUCUUCGGUACAAUGGCACCCCCUAGACCCUUGAGUGCAAUGGAUGAUUCGAAGUCGGCAACUCCUGUACAAGAGAGUAGUCCUACCAUGGUGCCUCCUCCAUCAGCACCACCAACCCUGCCAGUUGCAGAGGCUCCAUCCUCACCUGAAAGUGAUACUCCCGCGGCAGUGGCAGCACCCUCUGCUCCACCACCGCCUCCCCCUCCUCCACCCCCAGGCACUGCUGCUCCACCUCCGCCACCGCCUCCCCCUGGCGGUGCACCCCCCCCUCCUCCACCACCACCCCCCGCUGGCGGUCCUCCUGCUUCAGCCUUAGGCGGUGGUGGUGGUGCGCCUGACCGAGGUGCUCUAUUUGCAUCUAUCCGAGCUGGAACGGGCUUGAAGAAGGUUGAAACCAAAGAUCGAAGCGUAAGUGUUGUUGCGGGCCGCGUACUGUGA